UCAAAAAAUUCUCUGUAUAGAGAGAGAGAGAAGAGAAGCACCGUAACAGUAAAUCGCUAUCCCUUCGCUUUUGCUUUCCCCUUCUCUGCCCGUUUCAAUUCUCUCUCUCUCUCUUUCUCUCAGACAUCUCUCUCUCUCUAACACCUAACAGUACCUACCUCUUCUUCUUCUUCCUUCGCUGACUUCGUUACACUGUAAAAAACAAACAAACUAUGUCACCGCCGUCGGAUUCAGCCGCCGGUGACAUCCACCACCGUGGAGUCGAUCCGAUGAUCUGGCGCGCUUGUGCUGGUGCUUCGGUACAGAUCCCUUUGCUCUACUCUAGGGUUUACUACUUCCCUCAAGGUCACGUCGAGCACUGUUGUCCUUCCUCACCUCUCGUCUCUACUCCUCCUCCUUCCACCACUCCCGUUCCUUGUAUCAUCUCUUCAAUCCAGUUGCUCGCGGAUCCGAUCACCGAUGAGGUCUUCGCUCACCUCCUUCUUCAACCCGUCUCUCAGGAGCAAUUCGUCCCAACGAAUUUCUCUAGAUUCGCUGGUGGUUACGAAGGCGAUGUUGUUGAUAACAACAACAACAAGGUCACUACCUUCGCGAAGAUACUCACUCCUUCCGAUGCUAACAAUGGUGGUGGCUUCUCCGUUCCUCGCUACUGUGCUGAUUCCGUCUUCCCUCUCCUUGAUUUCGCAGCCGAUCCUCCUGUUCAGAAGCUCUUCAUCACCGAUAUCCACGGAGCCGUUUGGGAUUUCAGGCAUAUCUACCGCGGUACUCCCAGGCGCCACUUGUUAACCACAGGUUGGAGCAAGUUCGUCAACGGGAAGAAGCUAAUCGCAGGAGAUUCGGUGGUGUUUAUGAGGAAAUCGCACGAUGAGAUGUUCAUCGGCGUGAGGCGAGCACCGAUUUCGAGUAGCGGCGGUGGAACGAGCUACUACGGUGGCGAUGAGUACAACGGUUAUUACAGCCAGAGUAACGGAUUCGUUCCUCCUCCUCCUAAGGAAGAUGACGGAUGUGCGAAGAAGACGUUUAGGAGGAUUGGUUUAGGUAAACUUACGGCUGAAGCGGUCUCGGAGGCGAUGAAUCGAGCGGCCAAGGGUUUACCGUUUGAAGUGGUGUUCUAUCCAACUGCUGGGUGGUCCGAUUUUGUUGUGAGAGCCGAGGAUGUUGAGUCCUCCAUGUCUAUGUACUGGACUCCUGGUACUAGGGUGAAGAUGGCUAUGGAGACGGAGGAUUCUUCCCGGAUCACGUGGUUUCAAGGCAUUGUUUCCUCUACUUUUCAGGAGACUGGUCCGUGGCGUGGAUCCCCUUGGAAGCAGCUUCAGAUCACAUGGGAUGAACCUGAGAUUCUGCAAAACGUGAAGAGGGUGAAUCCUUGGCAAGUUGAAAUGGUUGCAAAUGCAACUCAACUUCAUGCCUCUUUCCCUCCAGCAACCUCUUUCCCUCCAGCAAAGAGGUUGAAGUAUCCCCACACCGGAGGGUUCUUGAAUGGAGAUGACGGAGAAAUCCACUAUCCUCCUCAAAGAGGACUGUCUAGUGCAGCAGCUGCACCUGAUUCAAGUCCCUAUAUGUUCCCGUAUACUACAUUUCCUGCUGGCAUGCAGGGAGCCAGGCAUUAUGAAUUUGGGUCUUACAAUCCAACCGGAUUCAUUGGAGAAAAUCCUCCCCAGUUAUCCACCAAUAACUUCUUUAGUCCGCUUCCUGGGUUGGAAAAAGUGUCGACUGAGAAGAAUUUUGGAAGCCAGCCAUCAGAUAACUUAUCACCUAAUAGCAACACCACCAAUCAGUCCUCUGGAAAUGACCUGGUUGGAAACCGAGGCCCCACUCCAGCAAAAGCUAACUCGAUUAAGUUAUUUGGAAAGACCAUUUCGGUGCAGGAGCCUUCUGAGAGCGGUCCUGCAGAGUCUGGCUUGUGUGAAGAGGAUGGCAGCAAAGAGUCCAGCGACAAUACAACACAAUUGUCCUUGACACCUGGUCCUAAAAACCCGUGAAGAUUCUAGCUGCCUAAAAGACUCCAACAGCCACACAGAGUAUAGCUGCCUAGGGUUAACAAAAGUGAAGAAGUGGUGGAUCUUUGCUGGAAUCUCCCAAGUCCCAAGUAGUAGUAGUACUAUCCAUAUAUAUAUUUUGGUGUUUCUGCAUUUGACUCUUUUUCUCUGGGUUUUCUUCUUUGCCACGUGACAAUCUGUUUUUUUUUUUUUUUUACUUCUUUUUUUUCACCAAUUUCUCAGACACAUUUGAUGAACAUCUCGCUCUCUCCUCCUAAUCGUUUAACUAUUUUAUUGGGGUAAAUUGUCUGGAUUUUUUACGUAACCGUGUUUUAAGACUCUUGUUAUUGCAGUAAGAACAAUAAAUAAAUUCUAUGAUUUAGUCAUCAA